AUGGCCGACAAUGUUGUAUUUACGUCUGCAAAGACCCGCUCCACAAACGACGUGCAAUCUAGCAAUAUCGUCAUAGCUACGUGUACUCGGAAUGACAACACGAGAGUUGCUUCAGUGGAGCAAACGGAAAACGAAUCUACUGAAGAAUCUGACGCUGAAGAGCGGCUUCUGACAGUAUGCUGUCGAUCUGGGAGACUGGGUGCCGCGUGUUACACUCUGCAGACUGGAGAGAUUCAAAUCCUGGAAGAGAUAGUGGACCGUCCACCAGAGCACCAAAUAUUUGUGUCUCUGUUCAACCAGGUGGACCCGGUCAGGGUGAUCCUUGACGGGAAGUCGCAAGGCACUUUCGUGAAGGCAGUCAAGGGCGUUGUCUUGAACGAUAACUCCAAUGAUAGUUUAAAGUGCAAGCUGAUAUUUAUAUCGUCUAAGGAAUACAAUUUCGAAGCAUGCAAGCGACGCAUUCACUCUCUCUCUCUACCCCACGAGCCGGCCAACUGCUCAGAGGAGGAACGCAUACUGUUCCUCCGCACCGUCGUCGACUUCAAUCAGACACAAACUGUACACGCCUUGGGAGCUAUGCUGAGAUACUUGGACCUCAACUGGUCCAAUCUGGUCAUGGAUUUGCACGGAAAGCCCCAGUGUCUCAGUUUGACCAGAAUAUCACUAGCUGACAUAGUAGCGAUGGAUGAAGACACUUACCGAGGACUGCAAAUAUUCAGCUCUCUCUCGCACCCCAGUGGUUUCAAGAAGGGCGUACAGGGCAGCAACAAGGAGGGCUUGAGUCUCUAUCAGCUCUUCGGUAAAUGUUCGUCCAAAGUUGGACACAGAAGAAUGAGGAUCCUUCUCCGUCACCCGACGAAAGACCUGGAGACGCUCCGUCGUCGGCAGGCCGUGGUGGCAUACUUCAUGAGGCCCUCCAGCGACUCCCUCGUGAGGAACAUCUGCGCGUCUAUGAGGUUCAUCAGGAAUGUUAACGGAAUUCUAGCAAAAAUAAAAGCAUUGUCUGCUAAGUCUCAUCAGUGGAAGUCACUUUACAAUACUCUCUACAAUGUGGUGUUGAUAUGCGAGAUGUGUGAGCACGUAGGAGAGGGUGUCGAGUAUUUGGAGCAACUGGCCAAUUAUGACACCAAUAAGUUAUACGAGAUGGCGCUGUAUAUGAACAGAAUUAUCGACUUCGAUCUUACUAAAAGUGAAGGAAAAUUCACAGUAAAGGCUGGUGUUGACCACGAUCUUGACUUGAAGAAACAAACCAUGGCCAGUCUCCUCGGGCUGAUGUCGGAGACGGCGGCGGUGGAGAUGGACCGCCUGCCGCCCUUCGUGCAGGAGUGCAGCAUGCUGUACAUGCCGCACCUCGGCUACCUGCUGGUGCUGAAGGCCUGGGCCGACCACCUCACCAUGGAGCAGAAGGAACUGCCCGAUAUGAAGUUUAUGUUUCAGAAUAACGACCAAAUUCACUAUAAAAGCCGAGGAUGUGAAGAACUGGACGUGAUGAUAGGCGACACGUACCCCGAGAUAGUGGCGCACGAGACGCGCAUCAUGAUGAAACUGACGGCCACCAUACUGGAGAACCUGCACGCGCUGGCGGCCGCCGUCGACUUGUGCGCCGAGCUGGAUUGCCUCAUCACAAUAUCGAAAGUAUGCAAAGAGUACAACUUCGUCAAACCAACGUUAACCACAGACAAAAUAAUAAACAUAGAGCAAGGCAAGCACCCGCUCUACAUCACUACUAUCGAUAACUUCGUGCCUAAUGACACCAAGAGCACAUUGGAGUCGGGUUUUGUGAAGAUCUUGACCGGACCCAACUCAAGCGGGAAGUCUGUCUAUAUGAAACAGAUCGGUCUGAUAGUGUAUCUGGCGCACAUAGGCAGUUUCGUGCCCGCCGAGGCGGCGACUAUCGGCGUGGUGGACCACAUCUACUCGCGCAUACAGUCCACCGAGUGCAUCGCCGCUCAUAUGUCCGCCUUUCUUAUUGACCUGAGACAGAUGGCGCUGGCUAUACGCGAGUCGUCCAGCAACUCGCUGCUCAUAGUGGACGAGUUCGGCAAGGGCACGGCGCAGACGGACGGGCUGGCGCUGCUCGCGGCGUGCGUCAGCUCGCUGCUGUGCCGCGAGCAGCGCUGCCCGCACCUGCUGCUGGCCACGCACUUCCUCAACAUACAGAACUACAUCGUGGACUCGCCCAUCGUCAGCUUCUUGAAGUUCGAGCACAUGGUGCAAGACGGCGAGCCGGUGUUCCUGUUCCGCGUGGUGGCGGGCAGCUCGGACUGCAGCUUCGCGCGCGCCGUGGCCGCCGCCAGCGCUGUCCCGGAGCACGUGCUGCAGCGCGCGGACACGGUGUUGGAAGCUAUGACGAAAAACGAAUUACCACCGCCCGACAAGGAAAUAAUGGCGAAACUCAAAAAUGUCACCGAAGUAAUUAAAAACACUCUUCUCACAGAAGAUAUUUAAUUAUAUAAAAUUCCUUUAAUAUUAUAAAACACAAUGAUAUUCAAUUUGCUUAGCACUAGCAACAAUAUAAUAUAAAAUUUAAUUUCAAAUUUGUAAAAAAAAUUAACUACAAAUAACUAUUUUUUAAUUUAUAUAAUAUAAUGGCUUGUUAUAAAAAUUAUAUACCUAAUUAAUGAAAAUGGAAUGUAUCAUACAUUUUGUCAUUAAAGUACCAUAACAUUUAUACCUAGUUCAUGCAUUUAAUAAAAUAUAUCCGCACCACUUCUGAUAUCAUUUGUGACGUCAU